AUGUUUUCACAAUUAUUUCGACUGGUAAACCACGCAGUCAAGUCGUAUCGUUUAUCCAGUUCAGCUGCGGCAGCUUCGUUGACGAUGUCCAAUCCGGAAAACUACCAACAAGCAAAAUCCAUUUACGAAUUUUCCGCUUCCAAUAUCAAAGGAGAACCAGUGAAGCUGGACAAGUACAAGGGGCAAGUUUGCAUAGUCGUAAAUGUUGCCUCAGAAUGCGGCUACACUCAGAACAAUUAUGCCGAACUUGUAGAAUUGUACGAUCAGUUUCACGAGAGUAAAGGAUUGUGCAUUUUAGCUUUUCCUUGUAACCAAUUCGGGGGUCAGGAACCAGGCACCAACGAGGAAAUUUGUGAAUUCGUCGCAAAGAAAAACGUCAACUUUGAUAUGUUUGACAAAGUUAACGUUAACGGGGAUGAAGCUCAUCCGCUGUUCAAAUACUUGAAACACAAGCAGGGCGGUACCUUAGGGAAAUUUAUAAAAUGGAACUUUACCAAGUUUAUUGUGGAUAAAAAUGGACAACCUGUAGAGAGAUACGGACCCAGUACCAAUCCAAAAGAUUUGGUCAAAUCUUUGCACAAGUAUUGGUGA